GCCAGCCCGCGCGCCCGUCUGCCCGCCCGCCAGGGCCGCCUCCCGCCGCUGCCGCCGCUGCUGCCGCCGCUGCUGCCGCCGCAGAAUCGGCGCCGCCGCUGCUCGCCUUCCAGAGGAAGAAAUGGUGACUUUAUGGUGAAGACUGGUGGAUACAAACCUGUCCAGGAGAUCAAGUUCUGCCCCUUGCCAUAAACAGCAAGAGAAAGAAAUCAAGGAGCCGCUCCUGUCAUUGACCAGAUCACCCCAGCACGGUCAAUAAGACAGACCGAGUCCCAGGGAAAAGGCUGCUGGCAUCUGAGGAUAAACCACUUUGAACAGCUUUUACCUUAACACUGACUGGAAGACUUUGACACCUGGUUACAAGAGCCACGUCACAUAUGCUGUGUGAUAUCUUAGGCUCAGUGACUUCGAUUUUCACAAUUCGGACACAUUCCUCCCAGUUAACACAAAAAUUUCUACUGUCCGAGGUAUUUUGGACACCUUCAAUAUUUGCCUUCUCUUUUCUGAUCAAGCCUGAUUCAUGAAAUGGAACUAAAGCUGAAAAAUCAUCUACUUCUUUGUCUGCAAAUUUGAGACACACUUGGGAUGGUCUUAAGUGCAUACAACUAGACUCUAACUGCAGCUAUGAGUUCAGACGAGAAGGGCAUAUCCCCUGCUCAUAAAACCUCCACUCCGACCCAUAGAAGUGCCUCUUCUUCAACAUCCUCCCAUAGGGACAGUCGGCAGAGUAUCCACGUCCUGGAGAGGACUGCUUCCUCCAGCACAGAGCCCUCUGUCAGUCGGCAGUUGCUAGAACCAGAGCCGGUCCCCCUUUCCAAGGAAGCUGACAGCUGGGAAAUUAUAGAAGGGCUGAAAAUAGGCCAAACCAAUGUCCAGAGACCAGACAAGCAUGAAGGCUUUAUGCUGAAGAAAAGAAAAUGGCCUUUAAAAGGCUGGCACAAGCGUUUUUUUGUCCUGGAUAAUGGAAUGUUAAAGUAUUCAAAGGCACCACUCGAUAUUCAAAAGGGGAAGGUCCAUGGAAGCAUCGAUGUCGGACUCUCGGUCAUGUCAAUUAAAAAGAAAGCUCGGAGAAUAGACCUUGACACAGAAGAGCACAUCUAUCAUUUGAAGGUGAAAUCCCAGGACUGGUUUGAUGCGUGGGUCUCCAAACUCCGCCAUCAUCGAUUGUACCGGCAAAAUGAAAUUGUCAGGUCACCGAGAGAUGCUAGUUUUCACAUAUUUCCUUCAACCUCCACUGCCGAAUCCUCACCAGCUGCUAAUGUUUCUGUUGUGGAUGGAAAGGUGCCACCAAACAACUUUCCAUGGCAGUCUCCUUUGCCGUGCAGCAACAGCCUCCCCGCGACCUGCACGACAGGCCAGAGCAAAGUGGCAGCCUGGUUACAGGACUCGGAAGAAAUGGACAGGUGUGCGGAAGACCUUGCACACUGCCAGUCAAACCUCGUGGAACUUAGCAAGCUCCUACAAAAUUUGGAAAUACUUCAGAGAACUCAGUCAGCACCUAACUUUACUGACAUGCAGGCUAACUGUGUAGAUAUUUCAAAGAAAGACAAGCGGGUCACAAGACGAUGGAGAACAAAAAGUGUCAGCAAAGAUACAAAAAUACAACUACAGGAAGGGCCAUCUGCGAAGGGCCAGUUCAGCACCACUCGGCGCCGGCAGAGGCUAGCAGCAGCAGUGGCUACAACAGUCCCUUUCAGUGCUACCAUGUCACCAGUCCGCUUGCACUCCUCCAACCCCAACCUUUGUGCAGACAUCGAAUUUCAGACUCCCCCUAGCCACCUCACUGACCCUCUGGAAAGUUCUACAGAUUAUACAAAGCUUCAAGAAGAAUUUUGUCUAAUUGCACAGAAAGUGCAUUCUCUUUUGAAGUCUGCAUUUAAUAGCAUAGCUAUAGAGAAGGAGAAGCUUAAGCAGAUGGUUUCUGAGCAGGAUCACAAUAAAGGCCACAGCACGCAGAUGGCACGGCUCCGACAGUCACUGUCUCAGAGUGAAGGAGCGAGCAAAUCCUGGGCACUCAACCAGAAUGCUGAGCUAAGAAGUCGGUUGAACAGAAUACAUUCAGAAUCUAUUAUUUGUGAUCAGGUUGUCAGUGUAAAUAUUAUUCCUAGCCCUGAUGAGGCUGGUGAGCAAAUCCAUGUUAGUCUCCCCCUGUCACAGCAGGUAGCCAACGAGAGCCGCCUCUCCAUGUCAGAGUCUGUCUCCGAGUUCUUUGACGCCCAGGAGGUGCUGCUCUCUGCGAGCUCAUCAGAGAAUGAGGCUUCAGAUGAUGAGUCUUACAUCAGUGAUGUGAGCGAUAAUAUAUCCGAAGACAAUACCAGUGUUGCAGACAACAUUUCUCGGCAAAUCUUAAAUGGGGAGCUUACAGGAGGAGCCUUCCGAAAUGGACGUCGAACAUGCCUGCCAGCUCCCUGUCCCGACACCAGUAACAUUAACCUGUGGAAUAUUUUGAGGAACAACAUUGGUAAAGACUUGUCUAAAGUCUCGAUGCCUGUGGAGCUAAAUGAGCCACUCAACACCCUGCAGCAUCUCUGUGAGGAAAUCGAGUACAGUGAGCUUCUGGACAAGGCUUCCGAAACGGACGACCCCUACGAGCGCAUGGUUCUUAUUGCUGCAUUUGCAGUUUCAGGAUAUUGCUCCACCUAUUUCAGAGCAGGAAGUAAGCCAUUCAAUCCUGUCCUUGGGGAGACUUACGAAUGCAUUCGAGAGGACAAGGGAUUCCGAUUUUUCUCAGAACAGGUUAGCCAUCAUCCACCCAUUUCUGCCUGUCACUGUGAAUCCAAGAAUUUUGUGUUUUGGCAAGAUAUCAGAUGGAAAAACAAGUUCUGGGGGAAGUCCAUGGAAAUCCUGCCUGUUGGAACACUGAAUGUCAUGCUUCCAAAGUAUGGAGAUUGCUAUGUAUGGAAUAAAGUCACCACGUGCAUACACAACAUUCUCAGUGGGAGGAGGUGGAUAGAGCAUUAUGGAGAAGUAACUAUUAGAAAUACCAAAAGCAGUGUUUGCAUUUGCAAACUCACAUUUGUCAAGGUGAAUUAUUGGAAUUCUAAUGUGAAUGAGGUCCAGGGGGUCGUGAUGGAUCAGGAGGGGAAGGUGGUGCACCGGCUUUUUGGGAAGUGGCAUGAAGGGCUCUACUGCGGCGUGGCCCCCUCUGCAAAGUGCAUCUGGAGACCAGGUUCCAUGCCAACCAACUAUGAGCUCUACUAUGGCUUCACGAGGUUUGCUAUCGAGCUCAAUGAGCUAGAUCCUGUCCUGAAAGAUCUCCUUCCGCCGACAGAUGCCCGGUUCCGGCCAGAUCAGAGGUUUUUGGAAGAAGGAAAUUUAGAAGCUGCAGCAGCAGAGAAGCAGAGAGUGGAGGAACUCCAGAGAUCUCGAAGGCGCUACAUGGAAGAAAACAACCUUGAACACAUACCAAAAUUUUUUAAAAAAGUUAUUGAUGCCAAUCAAAGAGAAGCCUGGGUUUCUAAUGAUACCUACUGGGAGCUGCGGAAGGACCCUGGGUUUAGCAAAGUAGACAGCCCUGUUCUUUGGUAAAUGGGGAAUGUAGAGCUAGCCAACAUAUCACGCUCUGAAUGAAUAAAUAACUAUGCACAAUUAUGUUUCCUAGAGCUCCGCGUGGUUUCUGGGUCGACUGAAAACCGACCGUUUGCUUUUCUAUUCAUCUUUAUAAUGGACUUUCAGAAGUGCAUUAGACAAGGCCCCUAACCACUUUUGGAUCCUUUCUGUUUUGCUGCAACCUUAUCCCUUAAAAAACAUCCACGCCCUCCUUGAGAAGCCGAAUAAAAGGAGCAGAAUACAAAAUCCAAAGUCUGAAGUGUCUGUAAAGAAAACAAACUGUAACUGGUGCUUAAAGCUGAUCCAGAGAGCUUAAAGCAACACGACAUGUAAACCACGCGUUCGGGCUUUGUGUGGAAGUACCAUACCCGCAUCAUAGAAGCUCCUGGGCCACGGCAGUCGGUCAGCUCAGACUUCGAGUGUGUCUGUUGGAUGUGGUGUACUUGUGCUGACCUUGUCAAAAAAGAUGUGAUACUCCUCAGACCCUGUUCCAUCUGUACGCCAUUGUUCAUGCCUUAAGAAAUGCAAAGAUGUACAAUAAAUCAUUUUUUAAAUGUGUGCUCAUAGGUUAAUGUGAGGGACGGCUCUUUGGAAUCAUGGCGUGAUUCACUUUCUGGGAUCAGAACAAGUAAGAGACUAACGUAAGUGGAUUUUCAAAAAGUAAACUACACAUGCUUUUCUUUGAUAUGUUAGUUCCUGUAUCAUCUGUCUGAAGGGCAAGAAGGAAAAGGUGUGCUCAGUAGAUCUCUGUAUUCACAUUGCUCGUCAAGUUCCUGUCCUGCGACCAGAUAAUAAACCCUCUUCCACCUAAUCUCACAGUGUGCCCUAUUCUUUGGCAAUAUCUGUAUUUGAUUUGAACACUUGGCAUCAGUAUUAAAACCGUAGAAGGAAGUAACAGAAAGCCUGUGGGAUUUCUGCGUGGGCUUAGGAGUCACUGCAAACGGAGCUAUUUUUGAGCAGAACACAACGUAACCUGCAUCUUGUCCUGGGCCCAAGCCGUGGGCACUCGCGGAAACCCACUGGGAGCAGAAGCGGGAGUACUGGUAGCUUAUUUGCAUUGUUUAAAUGAGUUCUAUGCAAAACCAUAUUUUAUAUUCCCAUCAAGUGAUUCUGUAUGAUACGUAACGACCUGUUAGGCAUUUGCCUUGCUAUUGGCAGAGAUAAUAAAAUAAGCUAAGGAAUUUAUCCAUCCCAACAAAAGCCGGGGCGGUGGGGUGGGGGGAGGGGAAGGGCAGAAAAAUGCUUUGCAUACUUCAGGAUUUGUUUUUUCUUCCAAUAUACAGAGGCUUUUGUAAGAAACUUGCAUCAGUGUUCCUGAGUUUCUGCACGUAGAUGACUAUAUAAAUGCCUGUAUGUUAAAAAAAAAAAAACAAAAAAACAACUCUUCUGAGUUUUUCCUAGAGAAUUAUAAAAUUACAUAUGCUUUAUUCUUGGAAUCUUACCAUCAGGUUUUAAGUGCUAUUUUAAAUUCUGAUAACAAGGUUAUUGACAUUUUACAUUUGGUUAUGAGGUGUUGAUUUUAGUGUUCUUUCUCCUCAGCAAAGCAUUCCUAAUGAAUGACUAACCCACUCUGAAACCCUAACCACUGCUGAGAGCGGAAGGGAAAACUCCGGAGUUUCCACUAGGUGGAGCAGUGUUUUAGUUCUGAAGCUCAUCCCGCCCCCAUCCGCUCUCCCCACCUUGUAUGGAGUCCCUACAUUAUGUGUGCUGUAGGGUUUAAAGUGAAAUUUCCUUUUCAAUAGUAAAUGCCCUAAUCCAUCGCCAGAUCUAAGCAUUCCACUGGAGCAACACCCUCCCUAGAAUUCUCAAUGCCUUUAAUUCCCAUAUUAAAUCUAUAGGUGGCUUGCCCCAAGGUAGUAAAAUUAUUCCCUUGUUAUUGAUUUUUUUUCUGUGCAUUCAUCGUGACGUCUUUUUAUCUGCAUCCUGAGAUACAUGCCUUUAAUUUUAAUUAGAAAUUCUAAGUCUAGUUCUAAAUUCUAAUUCUUCCCCAUAGAAGUCUGUUCUCCCACAGUUGGUAAAGCUUUAAAUACUAUUUAAAGGGGUUCUGGUCUAUACUUACUAGCACUUCCCUCAACAGUCUCAAAAUAUGUAGCCUAAAAAUAAGAAGAGAAUUCUGCAAAGCAAAGGUACUGCGAGUAAAGAAGUAGGAAGGUGAGGCAUUAGGUGACUGUGGGUGUUAUCAGACAGCUGGAAGAGGGCCCAGGGCCCAUCAGGGAAGCAACUACCAUACCUGGUAUUUAGGCUGAAAUUGAGAAAAAGAGUAACGACUAGAAAGGACCUUCAUUAGCCAAGUUCAAGCGACUAAUCAAGUAGGUAAAUGUUGGUCAAAGCUAACCUGAAACUCUGAUUGGGAUUUCAAGAUGAGAAUGGGAAGAAUGCCACGUUAAUGAAAAGCACCACAUUUUAUAAUAUUCCAGAUUUAGAAUCUAUUUUGAGAUCCAGACAUCCUGAUUAGAUUCCCAAUUCAAGUGAUCAAUUAGGUUUUAGGUAAUAUUCCUAUAAUACCUGAUUCACAAUUCUCCCUAUUAAGUCUUCAUGCCCAUGUAAUGGUCCCAUUCCUCCCCACCCACUCCCUGCCCUACCCCCCCCCUUUUUUUAACUUUUGAUUGAUAUCACGGUUUUAGAAUUGUCAGACUUUCUCUGUUUGGGAUUUUCAUCCACAUAAUUUGGGGGCUUUUGAGACUAGUUUAAACAGCAAACAGAAUAAAUGUUAGAUCAUUCCUGAUAAAACCUGACUUAUUUCUUAGAAUUUUAUAUAAGCCUCUUUGUUUCAAGGGUACAUUUCUUAUUUGUUUUUCCCCAGAACAAUUUAAACUAGAGCAAGACUUAAUAUAUCUUUAUACCUCCCCCGUGAUUUAUUCAUCAGCUCCUUCAUCUUUCUGAGCUGGUCAUUAAGGAAAGCAGUAAUAAGUGAUGAUGGCCCUGUGGAUAUGGCUAGACCGCGCAGAUCGAUGGCACACACCAGCACUCAUAGAGGCCGACCAGAAACCAAUUAUUUUGCUUCCAUAUGCUGCCACCCAGGGUGCAAAUGUACUCUCAGAAUUUGCGGUUAUUUUUUUAAAUUAAGUCAUUAUUUUUCAUGGGUUACUUACAAGUAGCCCAUAAUUUCCAGGCAGUUGUAAAAACAAACCUCAUUUAAGAUACCUUUUAAUAUUGCCUAUCAAUUAUAUGUGACAUUAAAACUACCAAAUGUAUUUACCAAGGAAGAGAAACCAAGGGGUCGUCCAUACAGAGGAUGCCAGGUUGUUGAUUUUCCAAACCUUUUGCUCCUCUUCAUUGUUCUGGUCCCCGUGCCUUUCAGCAAUCCCACUAACCAAUAGUGUUAGCCCCUGCCUGGAGGAGCACUUGGAAGGCAGGGGUUAAAGAGGAACCUGAUCAGUGGUUUGCUUAGUUCUGGUUACGGCUAUGGCUGGAGAAGACUUUAUAAUCAUAAUCUAAUGUAUAAUUUUGUUAUUACAAAAGUUAAUUCUCCAUCUUGUCUAAUCUUGUUCCCUAUCAUCCUGGAUAAUGAAGUGUUUGGGGGAGCAGAGCUCCUCACACACCAGGGGGUGUAAUCAAUGUUUGCACUUGGCUCAAGUCAUUAUAUUAUGAAUGUGGCACAGUAAAUAAAGUUUGUGUACAAAAUACUAGUUUCUUUCUAUGGGAGCCAUUAUGUUCAGGAUAUAUAUAAUGUAUCUAAUUAAACAAUUAUGAAUCUAUCUUGUGCUCUAGAAAUGUUCUUUUGGGGGGAAAGAUGAAAAAAAUGUAAUUGGAGCUAAGAUUAAAGUGUUUUGGUCUUGUU